AGCAUUAUUCCCACUUCUCACAUGUAUCUCACGUGACCAAUUGUCAGAAGUUUCGCGAGGCAUCCCCGGCCAGAACUCCCGAAGACGGGCCGCCAUAGCGCGAGUGUCUGACCGCCACCAAAUCCAUCUUACCUUCUCUUUUUUCGUGGAUACGAGAAAUCGAGCUUGCCGGUCUUCGACCAGUCCUGUUCGUCCGGCGACCGCCACGGCGGAGGCGGGGGAAGAACACGCGGGAGACGGUCUCAGCGGCAAGAUGGCUGCUCCGGCCAUGGAAAGCGCGGCGGUGGCCCUCCGAUCGGUGCUAUCCCGGGUGCAGCAGGCUGCGGAGAGGUCCGGCCGGCCGGCGGAUCGGAUCAGGGUGGUGGCUGUCAGCAAGACCAAGCCCGUCUCCCUCAUCCGCCAGGUCUACGACGUCGGCCAGCGCUCUUUCGGCGAGAACUAUGUCCAGGAGAUCGUCGAGAAGGCGCCUCAGCUUCCUGCAGAUAUUGAAUGGCAUUUCAUUGGACAUCUGCAGAGCAACAAAGUCAAAUCCCUUCUUGCUAAUGUGCCCAACCUUGAAAUGGUUGAGAGUGUAGACGAUGUGAAGAUUGCUAAUCAUCUUGACCGUGCGGUAGCAAAUUUGGCAAGGAAGCCCCUGAAGGUUCUGGUCCAAGUAAACACCAGUGGAGAAGAGUCAAAAUCUGGUGCAGAACCCUCAGGUUGUUUAGAAUUAGCCAAGCAUGUCAAACUUAACUGCCCAAAUCUUGUUUUUUCUGGCUUCAUGACUAUAGGAAUGUUAGAUUACACCUCGACUCCAGAAAAUUUCAAGACAUUGUCAAAUUGCAGAGCUGAAGUGUGCCAGGAGCUUGGAAUACCGGAGGAGCAGUGCGAGCUAUCGAUGGGCAUGUCUGCAGACUUCGAGCAAGCAAUUGAAAUGGGCAGUACCAAUGUUAGAAUUGGAUCAACUAUUUUUGGAGCUAGGGAAUACCCAAAGAAGGAUGAAGGUCAUUAAACUCCGAAUGUUUUGCCCACGAUAUAUGUUUACAUGCUUUAAUAAUGAUGCAUGGAGGAUCUGAAGUAUCAGCCUUGAUUUUGAAGUGUUGUGCUGUAUGUGAGCAUCUUCAGCAGACAGGUGGAAAAUUUGUCUCCAUAAUCAUGUUGGUCAAAUUCUGGAGUAUACCAUUAGUUGUAAUGCCGUAAAUUUAACAAGCAACAUAGUUUGUUCAAAAUAAUGAUGAACAUUGCCUUAUGGAUGGUUGGUUUGAUUCAGAUGUUUCCCGGAAGAUCUAGAAUUCUAAAUGGAUUUUUUGCUUAGCCAUUA